AUGCAUCUUUCAGGAGCGCUGUACAUGGUGCGAAACUCUAAGCCGGGCAAGAAAGUUGACGAAUCAACACUCAAGCUCAACUCUGGACAAUCAAGCCAAGUGACGGUCUCGGAACAUAACAAAGCAUCUGAUGGAUCAGAACAGCAGCACUGCGUGUGCCCGAACCUCACGACCCGUCGUGCCCAGGACGAGGACAAGCCAUGUCCCCGCCGAGCAUCCUCACCCGUUUCAAAGCCCACGAACACAUCCUCCCGCAGCAAGGACUCUAGCCCGAGGGUGGCAUCAGUGGCGAUGGGCCGCGGCCGCAGCCACAGUAUUGGCGACCUUUCCAGUCCACCUUCUGACAUCGUCAGGACCGGUUCAGCCCCCACUCGCCGGUCGAGCCUGUUCUCCCCCGACGACCCGGCCCUUGCGGGUGACGAGGACGACGUGGCUGGACGGUAG